AUUAUCGGUUUAUGUGUCUAUCCAUUAAAUAGUCCAAAAUCUCGGGUUGUAUAUUUAAGCAUUCUAUAUUCCGCGAUAGUGUGGUUUGUUUAUGGCUAUCUUUUGUACGGCAUGGUGAGCUCUCUUUCAUUGGAAGCAUUAUUUCCUUUUACCAUUACGUUAAUCAUUUUGGAAGUCAACAUCAUUGCGACAAUUACAUCUGUGAUUUUUACUAUAUAUUACAAUAAGAGAAUUCGAAUGUGUAUGGAGAGACUUACUGCAGUGGAUGAUACUUUGAAAGAAUUAGGUAGUCCAAAAAUGUAUCGAAAAAUGCACAUGUUGUCAAAACGAAUAGCAAUUGGGUGGACUGUGCUCAGCUUUGCUCUGAAUUUUUGCGACACCAUGUCAUGUCUAAUACAGCUGAGAGAAGAAACUACUUCAUGGAAAUUUAUUGUACCUCAUAUGUAUAAUUAUUGUAUUCAUACUGGUGCACUUGUAGAUUUAGUGUUUAUCACUUUCUUAUGGUACAUCGGCACGAGGUUUGAUGAAGUAAAAAAGCAUAUGCAAAAUCUAUUGGUAAGAAAAGAGCAUUGGCUAAGGAAUACAUGGAAGAAACCUACAAUAAUUGUUCAUCAAUGUACCUUGAGUACUAAUAAUUACAAGCGAGUGUUGUGGAGCUCAAUACAUCUUCAUUUAGAACUAUGUCGCAUUGCACGCGAAUGGAAUCUGGUGUUUGGAAUUCAGAUGGCUGCCGAAACAGCGUUUUAUCCAUUAUUUGGGACGUCAAUGUCCUUCUACAUAUACAAUUUGCUAACGCAUAAAUAUCGAAAUGUAAUACCAGUGAGCAUAUGGUUUCGAGUAAUUUCCUGGACGUUUGUGUUUGUAGUAAAAGUGUAUAUUAUAAAUUACAUUUGUGAAAAUGUCAGUGUUAAG